AUGGGAUCGAGUAAGAGGAAGAAGAAGGAGAAGCAGAAGGAUUUUCAGAAACCGAAACUGAAGGUUGGCAAGCCUAAGCCCAAGCCUUCAAAUUAUACAGAUACGAGUUUUCGCUCAAAAGCCAUCGUCGUAAACCAGCAGUCUCUGUCAGUAUCAGCUCCAUCAGCUGAUUCCCAGUUCUCGCAUCAUCUGUCGCUGCUGUCGUCCAAGUCAGAGACACAGCGUCGCGAGUCUCUUGCCCAUCUCACCACCUCGGUUGCCUCCCGGCCGGUGGAUUCACCUCUGCCGCAGCCGGUCAGCAUGAUCCUGCCGACCGUUGUGCCGCUGCUUCUGGACGGCAGCAACGGCGUCAGAACGCAACUGCUGAAGUUCCUGCGAACGCUGCCCGAGUCCGAGAUCGAGGACCACGCUCCGCAGCUGCUGCCGUACAUUCGCGCCGGCAUGACCCAUCUGGCGGCAGAUAUUCGCGUUUCAGCUGUCGAAGCGCUGUCCUGGCUGGUCGAGUUGGCCGGAUCGGAAGUAGUAUCCUGCGCGGGCGGCUGGAUCAAGACGCUGAACUGCUUUCUCUCCCUACUAGGAUGGCAUACUGAAGAGUCGGCCAAGUGGUCGUCAAACCGGAGCUCCUUUGGCAAGGCUGGCAGCGAGGGCAAACCCAUGGUCAAAGCCCUGCAUACGCUGGCGGAGUUCCUCCGCGCUGGCAUCGGCAAGGAGGAGGACGACGACGAGGAAAUGGAAGAUAUUGACGAACAAAACGGCGAAUCUUCGAUAUUCCCUCUUGACCAAACAGUGAUGCAAAACAUGAUCCCAUCCAAAUCCGGCCCGUAUGCCUACCUGAAUCUGUUUGGUCAGCCGCGGGACGCGGAAGGGGAGAUGUACGAGACUCGCGAAGACCGAUAUCGGGUCUUUUCCGAGAAGUUCCGCAUCCCGAUUGAGCGAGGAGUGGAAAAUGCUCGCAAGGAAGGAGGUGAUGUUGGGCGAGCGUCGGCUGCUGUGGCGAAAGUGCUUCGAGAGGCGACCUCAGCUUCUUAG